AAUAUGGCGGACGCGUAAUGCUGUCUAGUGCAUCUUCCACGUGUGGAUCAACUUUCCCUGAGUCGCUGGAGGGCUGAGGUUCAAUAGGGAUGACUUCUAUUAUCAAGUUGUCAGUUUUGUCUGGAGCGUAUGAUGAAGGGCCUCUUUGUUACCUUCUUCAAGUCGACGAGUUCAGAUUCCUUCUUGACUGCGGUUGGAACGAGUCAUUCAACGCAGAGAUCAUAGAACCUAUAAAGAAGUACAUACAUCAGAUAGAUGCUGUACUGAUCACAUUUCCUGAUAUAUACCACAUGGGUGCACUGCCAUACUUGGUGGGUAAAUGUGGUCUUCACUGUCCAAUCUAUGCCACUAUUCCUGUGUACAAGAUGGGUCAGAUGUUUAUGUAUGACCUAUAUCAGUCACAUCAAAACUAUGAAGAAUUUGAUGUAUUUAGCCUGGAUGAUGUAGAUGCUGCCUUUGAUAAAAUCAUUCAGCUUAAGUACUCUCAAAAUGUCAGCUUGAAAGGUAAAGGCCAUGGUUUGACCAUAACACCUUAUGCAGCUGGUCACAUGAUUGGUGGAACCAUGUGGAAAAUUGUGAAGGAUGGUGAGGAGGACAUAAUUUAUGCUGUAGACUACAAUCACAAGAAAGAAAGGCAUUUGAAUGGAGCUGUUUUGGAAACCCUUAGCAGACCAUCGUUGCUUAUUACAGACAGCUACAAUGCACUUAACGUACAAACUAGAAGAAGAGAGAGAGACACCCAGCUAAUGAAUGAGAUCCUGACUACAGCUAGAAGAGAUGGUAAUGUACUCAUUGUUGUGGAUACAGCUGGAAGAGUUUUGGAACUAUCUCAACUAUUGGAUCAGUUAUGGCGGAACUCUGAUUCAGGUUUAUCAGCCUACUCUCUUGCAAUGUUGAAUAAUGUCAGCUACAAUGUUGUUGAGUUUGCCAAGUCACAAGUGGAAUGGAUGAGUGACAAAGUUAUGAAAUCAUUUGAAGUUGGCCGAAUGAACCCUUACCACUUUAGAUACUGCACGUUGUGUCAUUAUAUGUCAGACUUGGACAAAAUCCCUGAACCAAGGGUUGUUUUAGCAUCAGUAGCAGAUUUGACAUGUGGCUUCUCACGAGAACUUUUCAUAAAAUGGGCUGAGAACCCCAAAAAUACAGUCGUAUUUACCAGUCGAGCUUCGCCCGGCGCACUGGCUCGCACUUUGAUUGACAACUUACAGCAGAAGAUCAUCGAUAUAGAGGUGAAAUCAAGAGUCAAAUUGGAAGGAGAAGAAUUAGAGAGAUAUCUGGAGAAAGAAAAGGAAAAAGAGAAGAACAAACCCACAUCUGAUGCGGUGGACAGAAGUCAUCGCGUCACGGCCGAAGAGAGUGAUAGUGACAGUGAUGAGGAUUUGGAUGGAGGUGUGAGGCAUGAUCUCAUGAUGACUGACGAAAAGGGAGGCCGCAAGAGCAGCUUCUUCAAACAAGCUAGAUCAUAUCCUAUGUUCCCUUGCCACGAAGAGAAAAUCAAAUGGGACGAUUAUGGAGAGUUUAUUAAGCCUGAGGAUUUCAUGAUCAAAGAACUGGCAGCAGCAGAAGAAGAAAAAGCCAAAGUGGAGCAAAAUAAAAAGGAAACCUUAGACACGGAAGCUAUUGCAGGGCAGGGUGAAAUGUCAAAAGUGCCAACAAAAUGUGUGGUGGAAAGGAAGCAGCUUAACAUCAGAUGUUCAAUGGUAUAUAUCGAUUUCGAAGGAAGGUCAGAUGGAGAAUCCAUCAAGAGAAUUCUCUCCCUCGUUAAUCCAAGGAAUCUUAUUCUCGUGCACGGUGUUGCAGAUGCUACAGAACACUUGGCGGAAUACUGUCGGCAGAACAGCAGUAUUCAGGUGAACCAGGUUUUUACUCCGCGAUGUGGUGAUACUGUGGAUUCCACGGGAGAAAGAUACAUUUACCAAGUGAAAUUGCGAGACGCCCUGGUGAGUUCGUUGCAAUUUUCCUGCGCGCGUGACGCAGAACUCGCCUGGGUGGACGGACAGCUACACAUGAACGCGUCCGAGUCGCACAUGGGACUGGUUUUGGAAGACGGAGAGUUGCGAGACGAGGAUGAAGGUCACGAGAAAAUGGAAACUGAUCAGAGCGGAAAGGAGGAACCAGCAGAUACAGUCCCAGUCUUGGAGCAACUACCGACAUCUUCGAUUACGGGACACACCUCUGUGUAUAUAAACGAGCCUCGCCUGUCAGAUUUCAAGCAAGUGUUGAACAAAGCCGGUAUUCAAGCGGAAUUUGCUGGAGGCGUUCUUAUCUGCAACAAUGUUGUAGCUGUAAGAAGGAACGAGACUGGCCGCGUGGGCUUGGAAGGAGCCGUGUGUGACGACUAUUACAAGAUCCGGGAGCUUCUGUAUGAACAGUACGCUGUGGUGUGAACGGUGUUAGUAUUGCAUGGUCUGGUGAUAAAAGACAAACAUUGGUCUCGAAAGGUUCGCAAGAUUUUGUAAAGUAGACCUUUUUACAGUUCCCGGCGCCAUCUUGGCUAAGUAACCGCGCGCGCACAAUAACGAGGCUUGGGUUGACCCGGCGGUUCUUUCAAACGGCUGAGCUGCUGACAUUUCGCGUUCGAAUGCACUUUUUAAUGCGAGUUCUCCCUUCAAAAUGGUUCUUAAAUACAACGAUAUGGAAAUUUCGGUAUUAAAUGACAUCUAGAAACUCAAAACAAAAGAUCUUAAGGAGAUUUUAAAGUUUAAUUUAGAAUCGAUGAGCGGAAUGAGAGCUGACAAUUCAGCUUUCAAUCAGCCUCAGAUAAUAGACAGAUCGAUCCACAGGAAGUACCCUUUACUGACAAUUAUGACACUGCAACGUACAGGGUUAAGAUAUUGUAGACGAAUAUGUUGCAAACUUAACAGCCACCAUUGAAGAGAUUCUCGAAACUGAAAGGAUCACAAGGGUUAAGAGCACAACCGCUUGUGGCUUCAGUUGUAAAACGAAAAUCGCUUCUAAUAACUUCAAAUUUCGGCAAGGCACUGUUAAUUUGAUAUCAUCCAGAACUGAGUGGGACUUGUUAGUGAGGGGAUCGAUUGUGGUAGUGUAGACACAUUAUGAGCUCUGUAGGAUUGGCGACGGUGAGAAUGACAGUAACGAUCAUGAAGAUUAGAUUGCUAACUCUAUCAGCAAAUACAAGCAACACCUCGACCAUCAAGGCGAGUGUCAUGCACCAUUGAUGCCAAUGAAAGGACAACUGAUGGUGUAAUAAAGGAAAGAUUUCCAUUUCUCUGAAGAGCUAUGGAAAUGUAUACUCUGUUGUUUACCGAUCAUGUUAAAUGGUCUUUUAGACAGCAGGCCCCGGUUGUUUGAACGGUGGAUAACGCUAUCCACUGAUUAAAUCUCCUUUCGGUGGAUAGCACAGUAUUUUUUUGUUCACACUAAUUUGCUGGAUUACGAUUUAACAGUUGGUUAGCCUUAUCCUCCUCUUGAACAACUGAACCCUGAGCGUCAGAUGAACCUUUUAGAAUUAAAAGCAAUGGCUAAUUCUUUGCAUUGACUACCAAACUCUGUGAAUUUUUUUUUGUAGUUGUGAUAAUAAGAUCUGUUAAAUAGUCCCAGUUCAUGGUCACAGAUUCCUCCUUCUUUAUUAAUAGUUUAUUUUAUGGCUCUAUUUUGUAGUGACACAUUAUAUCUUCAACAGUGGUCGGAUGAAUAAAAGCGAUUUCAUAUUGCUAUA